AUGGAUGAAAUAGACUCGGGCAUCGACUGCAAUCAUCCGACUUCCGAGGGUUAAUCGGCGAACGCGAUCAGCGCGGUGCGAACGGAGAAGGAAAGACGUAUCGACUGGUCUUCCGGUGCGCGGGAAAACCGGUAACCAUCCACGCGGAAUCGUCGCUGGUUACCGGUUCUGUAUAUAUUAUAAAGUACAAACCGACAGAGAACGCGAAGAGGAGGCAACGUGAAGUGGAACGCGACGAGGAGGGCAGAGGGUGGAGAAGGGAGAAGAAGGAACCAGCAGGUUUCUCCGAGAGCAGCCACAAUGGAUCCGCACAGCGUACAGACGGCUCUAUUCAGCUGCAAACAAUGCAAUCACAACUCAGCGGUUUCCGCGCCGUCUGCGACGUUCCCUUAUCGAUCGAUGAAUCGAUCGUUGAUCGACGGAUCCCGGUUUCGAUUCAACGUCUCAUGGCCCGUGAAUCUCCGCGUUAA